AAAAAAAAUGACAAAACCAAUUCGCCCCUAUUUUAUAUGGGUACUUCAAACAUAUUUAAUCCUUUAUUUAUAUAAGUAUGAUACAUCAUUUUAUUUCUUAACCAAUUUCUUAUGGUUGUUUUGCUUUUGCAUGAUCCAUUGCAUGAGUUCUUCGUUUAGGUGCGGUGCAUCGCAGCUUCGCCCACGCACCUCCCACCCAACAAUGGCAACUUCAGUCCUACACAGUCACCACCUCAUCUCCCAAACACUUCGCCCAAACCAUGUCUCUUCCUUUCCCCUCAAAGACGCUUUCCAAUCCUUCUCUGACCCUUCCGCCACAACCCGCGUCCCUCUCCAACACGCUCUUGACCUCUGCGCCGCCGAGAAAGCUCUUCCACAAGGGCAACAGUUGCAUGCCCAUUUCGUCAAAACCCAUGGCUUGCAUGGUUCUAUGUUCCUGGACACUAAGCUUGUGCAUAUGUAUGGAAAAUGUGGCUCGUUUCUUGAUGCAGAGAAGGUGUUUGAUAAAAUGACUGAGAGAACUAUUUUUUCAUGGAAUGCCAUGAUGGGUGCGUUUGUGUCAAGCGGUAGAUAUCUUGGCGCGCUUGAGUUGUACAAGGAAAUGCGGGUUCUGGAUGUGGGGCUAGAUGCUUUUACUUUUCCCUGUGUGCUUAAAGCUUGUGGUGCUCUUGGUGAGAACCGUUUGGGGGCUGAAAUUCAUGGUGUGGCGGUUAAGUGUGGAUAUGGUGCGUUUGUUUUUGUUUGUAACGCACUCAUUGCUAUGUAUGCAAAAUGUGGUGAUCUUGGUGAGGCUAGGAUUUUGUUUGACAAGGUUAUGAUGGGGAAAGAGGACAGUGUAUCGUGGAAUUCUAUUAUUUCAGCACAUGUAGCGGAAGGCCAGUGCUUAGAGGCACUGUCGCUGUUUAGAAAAAUGCAGGAGGUUGGCGUUGAGAGUAAUACUUACACUUUCGUUGCAGCUCUUCAAGCUUGUGAAGAUCCAACCUUUAUUAAACUGGGUAUGGAGAUUCAUGCCGCCGUCUUGAAAUCGAACCAUUUUGCUGAUAUAUAUGUUGCCAAUGCUUUGAUUGGUAUGUAUGCAAAAUGUGGUCAAAUGGAGGAUGCUGAACGAGUUUUUAAAAGUAUGCCUUUCAAAGAUUUUAUAUCGUGGAAUACGUUGCUGUCAGGUCUAGUCCAAAAUGAUCUAUAUGACGAUGCGCUAAACCACUUCCGGGAUAUGCAGAAUUCUGGUCAAAAGCCUGACCAGGUGUCGGUACUAAACAUAAUUGCAGCAUCAGGCAGAUCAGGAAAUUUAUUGAUUGGCAUGGAAGCCCAUGCCUAUGCAAUAAGAAAUGGAAUAGAUUAUAAUAUGCAGAUUGGUAACACCCUGAUCGAUAUGUACACUAAGUGUUGUAGAGUAAAAUAUAUGGGUCAUGUUUUUGACAAUAUGCCUGAAAAGGACAUGAUUUCUUGGACAACGGUUAUUGCUGGCUAUGCACAGAAUGGAUAUCAUCUGGAAGCUUUGAGUUUGUUGCGGAAGGUUCAAUUAGAAGGGAUGGAUGUUGAUCCUAUGAUGAUUGGAAGCAUUUUCCUCGCUUGUAGUGGGUUGAAAUCUGAAAAAAUUAUCAAAGAAAUUCAUGGUUAUGUUUUGAAAAGAGAUUUAGCUGAUACUUUGCUACAAAAUGCCAUUGUCAAUGUAUAUGGAGAGGUUGGGCACACUGAGUAUGCAAGGCGUGUGUUUGAAUCUAUUAAAUCCAAAGAUAUAGUGUCUUGGACAAGUAUGAUUACUUGUUGUGUUCAUAACUCACUUGCAAUUGAGGCUCUUGAACUUUUCUGCUCUCUUAUAAAAACUAAUAUUCAACCUGAUUCUAUAGCUCUUGUCAGUGCACUCUCCGUGGCUGCUAGUUUAUCUUCAUUGAAGAAAGGGAAGGAGAUUCACGGAUUUCUGAUUAGGAAGGGUUUCUUCUUAGAGGGACCAAUUGCUAACUCCCUGGUGGACAUGUAUGCUCGCUGUGGAACUGUGGAGAACACAAGAAAGAUAUUUAAUUCUGUAAAACAGAAAGAUCUAAUUUUAUGGACUGCUAUGAUUAAUGCAAAUGGAAUGCAUGGAUGUGGAAAUGAGGCCAUUGUUUUAUUCAAGAAAAUGACUGACGAAAAUGUUAUUCCUGAUCAUAUAACCUUCUUGGCUUUAUUAUAUGCAUGCAGCCAUUCAGGAUUGAUAGUUGAAGGUAAGAGGUUUUUUCAAAUCAUGAAACAUGAAUAUCAGUUGGAGCCCUGGCCUGAGCAUUAUGCCUGCCUGGUAGAUCUCCUUGGUCGAUCCAAUUCCCUGGAAGAGGCUUACCAUUUUGUGAGAAACAUGCCUAUUGAACCUUCUGCUGAAGUCUGGUGUGCUCUUCUUGGGGCUUGCCGUAUUCAUUCUAAUAAAGAAUUAGGAGAGCUUGCUGCAAAGGAGCUCUUACAAUCAAAUACAGAGAAACCAGGAAACUAUGUACUAAUAUCAAACACCUUUGCAGCAGAUGGAAGAUGGAAUGAUGUUGAAGAAGUUAGGUUGAGAAUGAAGGGAAAUGGGUUGAAGAAGAAACCAGGAUGCAGUUGGAUUGAGGUUGAGAAUAAGAUUCACACCUUCGUGGCAAGGGACAAGUCUCAUCCAAAGUCUGAUGACAUUUAUCUAAAAUUGGCCCAGCUUACAAAACUUAUGGAGGAAAAAGGAGGCUAUAGGGCCCAAACUAAAUUUGUAUUCCACAAUGUUGAUGAGGAGGAGAAAAUACAGAUGCUAUAUGGACAUAGUGAAAGGUUGGCACUUGGGUAUGGUCUGCUUGUUACCCCAAAGGGUAGUUCUAUUCGGAUCAUAAAAAACCUUCGAAUUUGUGAUGAUUGUCAUGCAUUCUUUAAGAUAGCAUCUGAAGUAUCUCAACGAGCCCUUGUUGUAAGGGAUGCCAACAGAUUCCAUCAUUUUGAACGAGGACUCUGUUCAUGUGGAGAUUUAUGGUGAACACCUUGAUAAUUAUGCAAAAAUAGAUUGUAGCACACUUAUCCAGUUCCUUCCAGAUUCUGGCGGUUGUUAAAAUUGCUCUUCAUAUUUUUAUUGUCUCUUUAUGAUAUCUUAAUCAACAGAGCAUGUGAAACUGGUACUGAAUGGUUAAACAUAGCUUCGAAUACUUGGAAGUUAGUAAUCUACUUUUAAGGAUUACAAGUGUCCAGUUUGACGAUGCUGAUCACUAUUCAUCAACAUGGUGAGGGCUGCACAUGUUAUUAAAAUGGCUAAAGAAUUCUUCCCAGUGACAGGAGAAAACCUUGAAUGGUGGUGAUGAUACUUGCAGUUCCCAGAAUACAUUUUCCAGCUUGCCUCCUGAUCAGAAUCAGUCUGUUAUACCAUCUAUUAUUAGUGUUGGAUGCUUUCUUCAAGGGCAGGUAAGCACAAGUUCUGAUGAUAUGACUGCGCCAGCAAACUCGGUGGCUGGGAAGAGAUCAGAGAAUAAUAUUACUGCAUCUGAGCUGGAGUCAAAUAAAUCUGUCGGGGAAGAUAUGCGAACUUCUCAGAGCUUGGAUGGUGAUAAUGCUGAUCAAGGCACGGUUGCUUCCAGUGCACAUUAGUUCAGCUUUCGCAGUAUCAAAGGCAAUUUGGAAAUUACCAUGCCAAUAGAUUUCCAGAGUGCUGCUUCUUAUGCUGUUCUGGAUUCUCCUGUUUUUUCAGAAAAGACCAGUUCUAUAAUUCCCCUUACAUCUUCAUCCCCAGUUGUUGCAUUGGCAUCUUGACUGGAAAGUGCAAACCAUUAUGAAGCAAAAUCUCCCUUAACUGCCACUCCUUCUUGUUACAUAUCUUGUAAAUAUGUAGGAUAUCUUGUAAAUAGGGUAAUAAUGAUAUUGUAUAUUUAUUGCAACUAUUAUAUAUAUUAAUACGCCCUGCAAUGUGGU